AAAACCAGUAAAACCAGUAAAACCAGUACCAGUGACAUCGGUAAAACCAGUAAAACCAGUAAAACCGGUACCAGUGACACCAGUAAAACCAGUAACACCAGUAAAACCGGUAAAACCAGUACCAGUGACACCGGUACCAGUGACACCAGUGACACCAGUACAACCGGUACCAGAGACACCAGUACCACCGGUAACACCAGUGCCACCAGUAUGAGGAUCACCAGUGCCACCAGUACCACCAGUAACACCAGUACCAGUACCACCAGUACCAGUGACACCAGUACCAGUGACUCCAGUACCACCGAUACCAGUAACACCAGUAAAACCGGUACCAGUGACACCAGUACCACCAGUGCAACCAGUACCAGUGACACCAGUAUGAGAGCCACCAGUGACACCAGUACCACCAGUACCAGUAUUACCAGUACCAGAGCCGUCAGUACCAGUGACACCGGUGCAAGCGGUACCAGUGACACCAGUACCAGUGACACCAGUACCACCAGUACCAGUAUCACCAGUACCAGAGCCAUCAGCACCAGUGACACCAGUACCACCAGUGACACCAGUACCACCAGUACAACCAUUACCAGUGACACCAGUACCACCGGUAACACCAGUACCACCAGUACCAGUAUCACCAGUACCACCAGUCCCGGUGACACCAGUACCACCAGUGACACCAGUACCAGUGACACCAGUACCACCAGUACCAGCACCACCAGCGCCACCAGUGUCACCAGUACAACCAGUCCCGGUGACACCAGCACCACCAGUACCAGAGCCACCAGUACCACCAGUCCCGGUGACACCAGUACCACAGGUACCAGUACCACCAGUACCACCAGUACCAGUGACACCAGUACCACCAGUCCCGGUGACACCAGUACCAGUGAUACCAGUACCACCUGUACCUGUGACACCAGCGCCACCAGCACCACCAGUCCCAGUGUCACCAGUCCCAGUGUCACCAGUCCCAGUGUCACCAGUACAACCAGUCCCGGUGACACCAGCACCACCGGUACCAGUGACACCAGUACCACCAGUACCAGUACGACCAUUGUUACCAGUACCAGUGACACCAGUACCAGUGACACCAGUACCACCAGUCCCGGUGACACCAGUACCAGUGUCACCUGUCCCAGUGUCACCAGUACCACCAGUACAACCAGUCCCGGUGUCACCAGUCCCAGUGUCACCUGUCCCAGUGUCACCAGUACCACCAGUACAACCAGUCCCGGUGUCCCCAGUGUCCCCAGUGUCCCCAGUGUCAGCAGUCCCACCAGUAACACCAGUAAAACCAGUAAAACCAGUACCAGUGACACCGGUACCAGUGACACCAGUGACACCAGUACAACCAGUACCAGUGACACCAGUACCACCGGUAACACCAGUGCCACCAGUAUGAGGAUCACCAGUAACACCAGUAAAACCGGCACCAGUGACACCAGUACCACCAGUACCAGUAUCACCAGUACCAGAGCCGUCAGUACCAGUGACACCGGUGCAAGCGGUACCAGUGACACCAGUACCAGUGACACCAGUACCAGUGACACCAGUACCACCAGUACCAGUGAUUCCAGUACCACCAGUACCAGUAUCACCAGUACCAGAGCCAUCAGCACCAGUGACACCAGUACCACCAGUGCAACCGGUACCAGUGACACCAGUACCACCGGCACCAGUACCAGUGACACCAGUACCACCGGCACCAGUACCACCAGUGUCACCAGUAUGAGGACCACCAGUACCACCAGUACCAGUAUCACCAGUACCAGAGCCAUCAGCACCAGUGACACCAGUACCACCAGUACCAGUGAUUCCAGUACCACCAGUACCAGAGCCAUCGGCACCAGUGACACCAGUACCACCAGUGACACCAGUAUGAGGGCCACCAGUGACACCAGUACCACCAGUGCAACCAGUACCAGUGACACCAGUACCACCGGCACCAGCACCACCAGCGCCACCAGUGUCACCAGUCCCGGUGACACCAGUACCACAGGUACCAGUACCACCAGUACCACCAGUACCAGUGACACCAGUACCACCGGUGACACCAGUACCAGUGACACCAGUACCACCUGUACCUGUGACACCAGCGCCACCAGCACCACCAGUCCCAGUGUCACCAGUCCCAGUGUCACCAGUCCCAGUGACACCAGUACAACCAGUCCCGGUGACACCAGUACCACCAGUACCAGUACGACCAUUGUUACCAGUACCAGUGACACCAGUACCAGUGACACCAGUACCACCAGUCCCGGUGUCACCAGUCCCAGUGUCACCUGUCCCAGUGUCACCAGUACCACCAGUACAACCAGUCCCGGUGUCACCAGUCCCAGUGUC